AUGGCACCAAUACGACGGUAUCUACGUAUCACACGCUACUCAGUCCUCGAAGUACGCAUUUACCUCGACAACCCGGCCCUCGCAAACUCAUGGCUGCUCAAUUCACGCGACCCUGUACUGCCACGAGUCAUCGAAGCCGUACGACCACUCGUGCUACCCAAACUACGCGAAGAAAACGAGAAUGCAAAGAAGAAAGGCGGCAAGAAGAAGAAGGGUGUCAGAGAUGUGGUUGCGCAAGAUGACUUUGAAGUCUCGAUAUUCCUGACCGAGACAUCGACAUCGCAUGCCAUGCUCACCAAGCAAAAGACGUUUACGCAAAAACCGCGAUUGCAAAGCAAUACCUCGAAACUGACGAACUACUUUGGCAACAACAACGAGACUGCUAUCCAUAUCCACGACGACGAAGAAGCUCCUGCGGUGUUACUCGAAGAAGAUGCCGAUGAAGUCACAAUGGAAAACAUCCCCGAAGCAAACACGAACAAACGCUCUCGCAACGACGACUCAGACGACGAACAUAUCUUUGUACAAAGCGACGAAGGCUCAGAAGAAGAACUACCACAACCGUGGAGAAAGAAGACCAAAGUCAAGGAUCAAGACAACAAUGAAGAGGAAGAUAAAAAGAAAAUGGGGAUUAAGACACAGUAUGAAGGGUUUAGUAUCUAUGGCAGGAUACUGUGUUUGAUUGUCAAGCGCAAGGGGGUCAAGAAAAAUGCUGGGGGCAAUAGUGCUGCUAUGUUGGAGACGUGGGUAUCUACGCAAGCGGAUAAUGAAGGGGUGCUUGAUGAUGCUGAGGAUGGAUGA